AUGGUAAGCGGGUGGCUCCGAACCUGCCUGGCUGCGGGCCUUGCUUUCUAUGAAGCUGUCAAUGGCCUGGCCAUCGCCCUUCCUCCUACCGAUCCCACUCUAGUCCGGCGAGAGACUGCAACUGCCACUGCAGCAUCCUUGAAUGCCUGUGCACUCGCCGCAAGUGCUUCCAGCUCAGUGCUCGCUGCGAGGCCUACAUUGACCUCAGUUACAAUUCCCGCCGAUAUUGCCUAUGCAUGUUUGAACAGCGUGCCAAACUACCAAGAACCUGCCAUUCGCCUCCUCAAUUCACUACGAGCAUAUCUCGAGUUCCAGAGCACAAAAGAUAUACUCAAGAAGCCCCCCACUGGCUAUCUUUUCCCUGCAAUAGAUAUUGACUAUGCUCUUGACUCGAUACAAGAGAAGGUCGAAGCGGGGGAAUACGAGAGCGAAUAUGAAUUCCAGCUUGAUAUAGACUCCUUCAUCAGAGCAUCCAAGGACGGGCACUUUUACUUCAGUCUUGAUCUAAUAGGCGGCUUUACAUUCGUGCGGCCUUUCACUUUGGUUGCUAUAUCUGCGGAUGGCGUCGAAACGCCCAAGGUCUACCACACCAACGACCUUAUCGUCCAGCACCUCGAAACCGGCAUCAAUAGUCCCUUGACCGGGUCCAAGAUCUCCGAGGUCGUCAAAAUCGACGGUACAGAUGUGGUGGAUUUUCUAGUCGAACAAUCUUUCGUGUACCAGCAACAAGAUCCCGAUACGUUAUGGAACCAGGUAUUCUACCAGUUAGGCAAACAGACCGAUACCUCUUUCCAAGUCCCAGUCUACUACCCUGGACCCCACACAAACCUGACCUUCGCAAACGGAACGACAAGAUCAUUCAACAACAUCGCCUUGAUCAAUGUUGACCUGGAAGGGGUUGAAGAUGGUGAAGAUGCCUAUCAGGUUCUUUGUCGUGGCGCCAUCGAAACCGCUGCCACCACCACGCAAAGCAGCCUACCUUCCAGCACCGCGAGUAUGAUUCAAACAGAGACUGCCGAACCCACAGCACCAAGCUCACCAAAGUCACCAACAGUCCCAGGUUUCCCCUACCCGGUGAUCAAGCACAGUGGAAACUCUGUAGCAGGGUACUAUCUGAACGACACUGGUAAUACAGACGUCGCAGUACUCCAAAUCACCGCAUUCAUGGCUCCUGGAGUCCCCGCUGUGGGCUAUGAGGAAGAAUUUCAGACUGUGGUGCAAAAGUUUCUUGACGCUGCUGUCAAAAGCAAGAAGAAGAAGUUGAUCAUCGAUCUUCGUAACAAUGGCGGUGGUUUUGUUGAUCUUGGAACCGAUACAUUUGCCCAAUUGUUCCCGUCCAUGCCUCCGAAUUCAAAAUCAAAUAUGCGUGCUCACCUUGGGCUGGAGAUCUUGGGCAACAUUGCCAGUGAUAAUGUUACGGCAGCCGAGAAGACCCCUGGUGUAAGCGACGAACAACUCUCUGAGAACUAUUUCACUCCCCUUGCUUUCCAAAGCAUUGUGGACCCCGAAAUACGAAGUUUCCCCAAUUUUGAAGCAGUUUAUGGACCCUUUCCGAAGAAUGGUGCCAACUACACUGCAUACUUCCAGAACAACUACACUGACCCCUUAUCAUCCGAUUUCGCAGGUGAAGGUAUCAUCAUCACCGGAACCAACAACAGAACUGGCUUCAGACAGCCCUUCGCAGCUCAGGAUGUAAUUGCGUUAUACGAUGGCAACUGCGGAAGCACCUGCACGGUGUUUUCCGAAUACCUUAAGAGCUACGCUGGUGUUCAAUUCGUCUCCGUCGGUGGUAGACCACAGACUGGACCAAUGCAGGCGAUCGGCGGCGUAAAAGGAUCUCAGGUUUUCCCUUUCGAUACGUUCAUCGAUGAGAUAUGGUACGAGCUACUUUGGAACACCCCCCAAAACCCGUUCCGCAACUCCGUCAACGGCACCGUCUGGGAAUAUUUCAACGGCGAGCCAGUCCUGCGCUCUUCCGCCGGCGCCGUCAACGGCCGCAAUAACUACCGCAUUGGCGACGAGACGGAGACUCCUCUACAUUUCGUGUACGAGGCCUCCGACUGCCGGCUCUGGUGGACCGAGGAAAUGCUCAGCGACCCCACAUUCCUAUGGUCUCGCGUGGCAAACAUCGCAUUCAAAGAACGCAAAGGCACGCAGUUCAACUCCAAAUACUGCGUCAAGGACAGUACCGGCCAUGCGACCAGUAUCUCCGGCGGCUGGAAGAAAGGCACAUUGGGGCCCCAAGAUCCGCCCAAGAACUCAUUUGCGUCAGCUCAAGGUUGGAAACUGGGGACAGGCACAGGCGUGACUGCCUCAACCGGUAGCGGAACCUUGAACGGAACCACCACAACCACAACCACCGGGACCGGAACAUUGAACACCACCCUUACAACCGGCGAAGAGGGUGGUGACGAUAGAGCCGUCGAUCUAGGCGACGACGACGACUCCUCCGCGACCCCAGCACUCAACGGAACCGUCCCCACCGAUGGCACAGACAUUGAAGGAAACGCGGUUGCUGACACCUCAACGCCCACCGAAGAGCAGGAACUCAACUCCCUGAUGGACGCGUGCCACGGCUACAAGGGCGACGCGUGGUUCGUGGAGCUCAUCUGUGGCGCGUUGGACCAUCUUCCUGGGAGCAAGCAGCGGAAGAGAUGA